AACUGGCGCUGCGUUUCGGUCCAGACGAUUAUGUCCUCUUCCUCCGGGUCCGAGACACAGAGCCGCGGACUAGAACGUCGACUUGUCAGAGGCUACCGCAAUUUGGUUGCGAUCCGUCAUGGGAGAACAUUGAGAAGCAACGUUUUACGGUGGCAAGGUGGUAGUAGUAGUAGACAUAAUACCGCGGCAGCGACGAUGGCCUCUUCUAUUCUCAACGUGUCGCGUCUUGUUGUUCUUCUCGCGGCGGGCGUCGCGUUCGACGUCGCGACGGCCAGGACUAGGCUAAGGUUCGGCCACUACGACAGCCUGUUGGUGGCCAGGUGCGAGGUCGGGUGCUGGUCGAGGCCGGGGAAAAAUGAGUGUAUAAAGUCGUGCUUAUCCAGAGGUUUGACCAAACCAGGAGAAUGUCCAGAGGAUGAAUCAUUCAUUUCGCCAUUUGCAACAGCUUGUAUAAAAGCCUGUCAACAAGAUGCUCAGUGUCCAGGUUUAGCAAAAUGCUGUCAACAUAGAUGCGGCAUCACCUGUAAACAGCCCACAAGUCUGCAAAAUUUAACAAAUGUUCCCGAAAUACCAAAAGAUCUUAUCGUAACAGAAGGCAGAAGAAAGAAAACAGUCUUUGUAGAAUGGAAACCUGGAGGACCAGCCAAGGGAGGGGAGAAGAUCGUCUACGUUCUGGAGGAAAGACACCACGUUGGUCGCAACUUCGUGGAAGAGAAGCUGUCUCAUUGGUCGAUCUGUGCAAGAACUCCAAAACUAGUACAGACACUGAAGAACGUUGUGAAGGCUGGCAGUUGGUAUCAAUUCAGGGUUGCAGCUGUGAACGAGAACGGCACCAAGGGAUACUCUGAGAAUUCCUUCACUUUUAGCAUUUCAGUUAAUCCAAAGCCGCCUAAAGCCCCCCAAAAUAUGACAGUAACACCCUUAUGGGUAAGUAACACGAGCUUAAGCAUUCAACUGAGUUGGAGCCCUCCUCAAUCAGAUCUGCCGAUACACAAGUACAAAGUCUUCUGGAGUAGAAGACUCCAUGGCGUCAGAGCCCUAGAUUCCGUUCUAGUGAAUCAACAAGUAGUUCCUAGGGAUCAAACGAAAUUUCUUCUGAACGACCUACAGCCAAAUUCAUUGUAUUUCCUUCAAAUACAAGCUCUCGUUCAGUUUGGCAAUGAAAGGUUGAAAGGAGAAAAAUCAGGGUAUAUUCUGAACACAACCAACUUCGUUAAUUUCACGAACAAUGAAAUAGUCCCCUUGAACUUAAACGCCAGAUCCAAGCCGAGAGGCCUGCAAUUGGAGAAGAUAUUUUGGUCACAAGGCGAGCUCAGAGCCAGAAUAUCUUGGAAACCCAAAAAAGGCGUGCAAAGGUACACUGUUAGCUGGUGGACUGGGUCCUGCAACGAAAGUUAUGACGGCUACAAUCACUUCAAGGUAGCCGCCACCACAAAGGCAUAUCGUUUCGACCUUUAUGAUCUCCAAUUCACCUGCCGAUACAAAGUUAGCGUUAGAGAGAUUCCGUCUAAUGGUACCAGGAUGUCUGAAGAUACCAUACUUAGUUUUUCUACACCAUCAUGUGAUUCUUUCAAAACUAUAUAUAGAAAAGCAAAAUGUGUAAAUUCUUCCUAAACUCAAACAUGUCACUUUGUAUAUAUAAUUUAUGACAGAAUAAAUUUAUUUUUUUACU